AUGUUGUGGCCAACAGACCCCUCGUCCACCUUAACCAAUAAGGCCGCUGCCGUCGACAGACGCGACCCUCUCGACCCCCUCGACCCCGACGUCAACUCCUCCAACACCGACCAGGCAGCAUCGCCUUUCCUCAACACCUUUGACAACAGCCGCCCUUCUUCACCUGCACCGCCCGUCGUCCAGUCACCUCUCCCCAGCUCACCAGCCAGAGUCCAAUCUCCAAAGAUCAACCUCGACCUCUUCCACUCGGGCGAGAACCCAAUACUGCCAUCUCUCAGGACUCCGCCAGAAUCCCCCGUCAAGGGCCUUCGACGCACGUCCUUCAAGCGACCCACGCUCCCGCCACUUCUGCAACACCCUUUCGAAACAGAACUAGGGCAGGGACUUGCCUCGCUCUCUUCGCCACCGACCUCACCAACAGGCUAUUCGCCCGUCACCAACCUCCCACCAAAACUCUGGCAAUCACUUGCAGAACACCCUCUCUUCAAGAACUCUACACCCGAGGGAAUCCAACAGCUAGCAUCGAGUAUGCACAUUCGUCAUUAUCAUCCCCAGGACCACAUCAUUCGCCGGUCGGAGCAGUCUAGCGCUAUGUUUUACGUCCUCCGUGGGACAGUCAAGGUCGUGUCUCACGAUAACGAGGCGACCUACUACGAGAUCAAGGAGAACAACUUUUUCGGCGAUAUCGGGGUCCUUUACAGGGUUCCCCGAUCCAUGGAUGUCCUCGCAAAGAACCGCUGCACGAUCGCCAUCCUCUCGGGAGACGACCUCGUCAAAGUCAUGGAGUCCUGCCCUGAGACGGCCAAGGCGAUUGGGUAUCAGACACAGGAGCGGUACCAGAUGUAUCUCAAACGGCGACAGUCGAUUUCUGCACGACGUACUCUGGAUGGCGGUUCUGGAGGACCGGAUCAAGGACGGGAUGAUACCAAUUCGGAUAGCUUUGCCAGAAGCGACAUCCAUAGCGCCAUUCGCAAGGUCCCACUCUUCCAAAGCUGCCCAUCCGAAAUCAUCCAUAUGCUCUCCCUCAAGGUCGAGCCACGCACCUACAACCUCGGCCAGUCCAUCAUCCGUCGCGGAGAGAUCGGUCGCGAGAUGUUCUUUGUCACCUCAGGCAUGGUCGAAAUUCUCUCCGACGACAACCUUCGCGUCCUGGCUCGAUUCAGAGACGGGCAAUUCUUUGGCGAAAUUGCCGUCUUGUUGGAUGUGCCUCGUAUCGCCAAUGUCAAGGCAGUCUCACAGGUCGAAGUGUUUGUUUUGACAAAGGAGAAUCUCGAGGCUGUCUUUGAGGCAGUGCCUGGCGCAGCAGAGACCAUCACGGCAGAGGGAAACCGACUCUACAACAACUGGCUUAUCCACAACAAUCGCACCAACGCAGACCAAGGAAUGCAGGAUGACUCGGCAGGACUCAUGGAUAUUGACGGAGAGAUGAACCAUCGAUCUCUGAACGUGCCACGGGAUGCUGCCCAGUCGCCCGUCCAAAAGACACCAAUCCAAACCAUUCAACCACAGGAUACCUCCGUUCCGGGGCAAACAGGCUUCACCGCUGACCUUUCGAAUCCCCCCACCAGACGUCCAUCCCAGGACCCACUCCACCCCAUCGAAGCCGGCCAUCCAACAGCCAUCUCAGUGCUGCCUAUGACAAUCAAUGGAGGGAUCCCAAGAGGUCGUCGUCCAUCGGUCGCGCAGUCAUUGGCCCCUCUUUCAAUUGCACAGUGGAGCCCAUUCGACGAAGCCCCCAUGUUAACUCCUAUGCCACCAGUCGCACCCCAAGAGCAGCCCUACUUUGAGCAAAACGCUAUUCCCCCUGCUCACGAAAGUGGUCUCGAGCCACCCAUGAGCCGAAACCCUACCAUCCGUGGCUUGGUGGAGAGUAAUCCGAAGCGGAGACGAGCCAGUGUAGCUGUGUGGACCCAACAGGACUUGAUGAAAUUGGCAGAAACAACUCAGGCAAAGACGAUGGUUGACACUACAUUCGCACCUGCUACCUCCAGCGCCAUGGCAACUGUGGAACCAUCUCUCCCCGACCAGGACGAACAGGAUAUGACUGCCGGCAUUGCCUCCGUCACCCUGACAGAGCCCAUCAAGUUGCGCACAGGGCCAGCAACCUUCCAGGAUCUGGACGAGUCGACUGUCCUUACAAUUCUGAAGGGUCUCCCAAUAACGGCGCUUUUGAGGGCAAGACGCGUCUGCAAGGACUGGGAUCACAAGAUCAUGGAACACAACGACCUCGUCCGGGAUCUGGAUUUGUCAAUGCACAAGAAGAUCGUGACCGAUGCCGUGUUGGGAGACCUGUGUAACUCCAUCCUGAGCCGCAACCCGGCAAGAACGACCCGUGUCUCCUUGAGAGAUUGCUUCUUGAUCUCGGAUAAGGGGCUAUCGAUGUUAGCUUCCCAUAUGCCCGCCGUGCAGGAUCUUGACUUGCACAGCUGCUGGAACGUGACAGAUGCAGGAUUCCGCUCUCUGGGCAUGCACUGUCCAAAGCUUCGGUCGAUCGACUUUUCCAACUGCAGGAAACUCGGUGAUGAGACCAUCUACGGGCUUUACCCCAGGUCUGCUCUGAUCGCCAAUGGGGUACCCCAAGAAGUUGUUGCACCUCAGCCAGCGACCAAGUCACGAUCAUCCCCUGUCAUCUCCCCCGACCUCCCGGGCUGUCCUCUGAUCUCACACUUAAACCUUUCCUACUGCAAGAACGUCACGGACAGGAGUUUUAUCCACCUUUGCUCCUCUGGUUCACGCCAACUGGAGUACCUGAACCUCCAGCGAUGCACGACUAUCUCGCCCGAGGCCUUCAUCUCGCUUAGCCUGGAUGCGUUCGAUCCAGAUCCAUCACCAGACAUGGUUAACGGACAUUUUCCCGAGCCAGUACCCAUUCCUGGAAAGGAGGCUUGCUUCCCCAAGUUAAAGGAGCUGUACCUUUCGGACUGCACGUUCCUGACGGACGAGGCCAUUGUCGCCUUGUCACCCAACAUGCCCCGACUCGAGUCCAUCUCGCUCUCGUUCUGUUGCGCAUUGACCGAUAUCGCUUUGGAGGCCUUGUCGGACAGCUGUAUGAUCCUGAAGAAGAUCGACCUGUCCUUCUGUGGGUCGGCAGUCUCGGAUGCCAGUCUUUACCAGUUGGCGCAGUUUGAUGCCCUGAACCCUGGUCGCCAUAUGUUGGAGGAUUUGGAGAUCCGAGGCUGUGUUCGUGUGACGGAGCAGGGUGUUCGCGAGAUUUUGAACGGAUGUUCGAGUCUCAAGAGGCUGAACGUUAGCUGUUGCUCGGGGAUUGGGUCUGGUGAUUUGAGUGACGAGGCGCCAAUCCAGGCCGUUUCACCACCAGCACCUGCACCUGCACCUUUGGAGCAACAGGUCCCGGCGCCACAAGCUCUAACUCCGCAGGAUCAAGGACUGGCCGGAGCAGGAGCAGUUGCGGCGGCAUUGCAUCCUCUGGACAGUGCUGUGAUCGAGUCGCCACCUCAACCCGAGGUUCAGCCAGCUGCCCCUGUCGCUCCUCAGGCACCAGAGGUCAUCAUGGUGGAGGCAGUGGCACCCCAGGAAAUCGCUCCAUUGGAGAGCACCAGCCCUGAGCCCGGCAACAUGGGUUCUUGUGGGUCGCUCGCUACACGGCGCAAUGGGUCGCAGGCUGGUGGAGAGUUGAGCAAGAAGAUGGAUGCGUUGAAGAGAGGCAAGGAGUGGGUGUUGGCGCAACAACGGCCUGGACUUGUCAUCAUUGUCUAG